AUGAUUUCAAGGAAGCGAUCAUAUACAUCACGUUCUCGUUCCAAGUCAUCUGGAUUCGGUUCCCCAAGACGAAAACAUAGAUCCAGAUCCAAGGAACGCUAUGCACCUUAUUCUUCAAUGUGGGAAAGGAGUAGAGAGAGAUCUCAUUCAAAGAAAUUCGACUGUAGUCCUCGACGCUCAGUCAGCCCUGCUGAACAAAAGUCGAGGUUCUCAAGACUUAAGAAACCUGAAAUACAAUCAAGUAUAAAUCCGAUCACAGAUUUUCAGACUGGAGGUGUAAGGAGUACUACACGUCGUUCACAUUCACCAAUAACUUUGACAGAACGUUUUACUCGACUUACUAAUUCAGGGACAGCUGUUUACAAUAAAUGCAGGUAUGGUCGUUUUGGAGAUAACCAUCGUCUUCCACACCUUAUACUUACUAAUAAUACAAAACUGCCUCCAGCCACGCUAAUGCGUCAGGCAAAGGAAAUCUCAAUUGUUAUAGAACGCACUUUUCCAGUUGAUGUGAAUUUAUCAACUUUGGAAAAGUCCGGAACAUUUGAUGUUCCAAUUAGUGAAGUAAAAAUACCACGUCGUCCGAACGAAGGUCAUAAAGCUAUUUUUGAUCUUCCUGGAAUCAAAUUUUACAACACUGUAGCUGAUGAAGCUCUCAUAUACAAACGUUUAUCAGAUACAAUUUCAUCUGCAAGUUCACGAAAACCCAAUCAUUCGGAAACCAAACGAGAAAGUGAGUAUCAUGACAUAAGUCAUUUUACAGGUCCUGGUCGAUUUUAUGGCAGUCGUGUGGAUGAACGCUUAAUGGAUUCAAAGCGUACUUAUCCCUUGGAUCCUUCAGAAACUCCGAGAGGUCAAUCCUAUUAUCUCCAUGACGACCGAGCAGACGAUGGAUAUGGAACGAGACGCCGAUUAAACAAUUCUCGAUCUGAACGUUUAUAUUCUUCCAGCUAUCAACGAGAUCGUCGAUCCCGUCGCCCUUCACCCUCACCAACCCGAUCACGCCCAUCGCGUUCCGAUUUAACAUCGAAAAAGUGGCUCCAUGAUAAGUUCGAGGAGAUAGAAAAAGACAAUUCAUCGCAAAAACCAGUCCCAAUGCCUGUCCCUGCCCCAAAACCGAUCCUAUGGUCUACAAUUGGAAAAGAAAUCAAUGGCAAGAAAACUGUCCUAAGUGAUGAUCAAAACUAUAGUCCAAAUAGUGCAGCUAAUCAAUCUCCAAUAACUGAUAGUAAUGACAAUCCAAUUGGUUCACCUGUGACGAAGGCACAAACAGAUGUGAGCAAUACCCAGGUUAACAGUAAUACCAAGGUAUCCAAUAAAGAUGAUCAAUACAAUAGUGAGGUUAUUCAUUUAGAUGUGGAUCAAGUGUUUGAUGAAAGUAUGGAACAAUGA